AUGUCAGAGAGAAGGUACGAAAGAUAUACGAGUACUCGUACCGAGGAAACACCAAAUGCCAUCAGUCAAAAUUGUAAAGAAAUUUUAGAAGAAAUAAACCAGAUCCACUUAAUUUUACUGUUAGAUGAAUUAAUUAAAAUUAAUUUAGUGAAUAAACUUAUUAGUGCGAUACAAGAGAUUUUUGAAAGAUUUAGUAGAGUAACUAGGACUUUUGAAGGUUAUUUAGAAACAAUAAAUUGCGAGAUUUAUAUUCAUAGGUUAGCAGAUAGUUUAAUUAAUAAAAAGUCAAUCGUUCUAAAAACUAAUAGCAAUAAUGAAAGAGGGCUUGACAAUGAGUCUUUAAAAAUUAAAAACGUUAGUACAGAGUUGAUAGACCAUUUGAGAUGUUUAGAAGUAUUCGCACAUGAUGCAGCAUAUUCAAAAAGAAAAGAAUUUAUUUCAUUUUUGUCGAUUUCUUCAAAUAAAAUAGAGCUAUUAUUUGAAAAUAGUAUAAAUACAGAAAAAGAGAUUAAUAGACGCGCUAGAGUUCUUAGUUCAUGUUUUCACCCAGAUAGAACUACAAAUCCAAAAAGUCCAUAUGUGCUUCGAGAAAUACAUAAAAGUCAAGGCGACGAGUUAUUCAACCUUAUUUUCGGGUUCAGAGAAUGUUUAUUGAAUAAAUUAAAAAAAAUAUUAGAACUAGAGGGCUAUGAAAAAUACGGAAAUAAACUUUGGCAAAUUACUAUUGAUUAUUAUAACGCAUCAAAAGGACAUUGGAACAAGCUAAAGGUGUUAAAGAAAGAUGAUAUCAAAAAACUCUCUUCAGAAUUAUUAAAACGUGAGUGCAUAAUUAUGGGAGAAUUGACUUACAAUCAAUAUCGAGCAGCAUGCAAAUUAGCAGAUAAAGCUAAACUGCUAAAAAGACAGGUAAAAUUGAGAGGAUGCAUGGCUUUAUGUUUAUAUCUCUCAAACAAAUUUCUAGAAGCCUCAUUAUAUGCUUUUGCAGCAAUUUUUUUACAACUUAUUGUUACGCCAUAUGAAUUAGAUAAUUUUACGCAACAUGAAUUAGAUGAAGCAAAAAAAAUAUUUGAUAAAGUUAAUGGUGGAAGAAAAGAGAAAAAAAAGAAGGGGGAAGACGUGUCUUCUGACUCGAAUACUGAUAUUAAAUUAGCGAAUGACCCUAAUCAUGCAAUGGCUUUAAUAAAAACAAAUAAUUCUUUCAAUAAUAAUGAGAUUAUUCAGAUUUCAAAUUAUGUAAAUAAUUUAGUUAAUAUUAUUACUAACCUAUUUGUUAAAGCUGAACGUAGUUUGAUUUGUUAUCAAACGUCAUAUGAGAUUAUUUUACAUGCAAAGAAGCGCGCAAAUUUGUAUAUAUAUAAAAGAGGUGCAAUUAUGCUAGAGGCAAUAAUUCGAGAAAAACUCAACGAAAUCAUGAAUAAAGCGAUAAGUGCAUAUGAUGAUGAAAAAUAUCAAGAGUUCAUUAAUGUGCUUUCUGAAGAAUAUGAUAAAGACAAACGCCUCUUAAUAGAGUACUCUGAUAAAUUUGUUUGGAUAAACACGGAUGAUAUAGUGAAUACGCUUAAAAGUCAUGGUUUCAGAUCGGAUGGUAUUGCAUAUUUACUUGUUGUGCUUGGUGAAGUUUUAGGUAGUGGAAAAAUAAAAAUAGAAGGUUUCACACAUGCUGCUUUGAAAGCUUGUGCACGAAGAUUUUUUGAACUGGCGCUGAGUUACGAACUUGUGGAGGAGGCAAAAGAGCUAGAUAAAUGCACCAGCAAAUUACGACAAACCAGUCAAGGGAGCUUUGAUAGUGGUAAACUUAAAAAUUCUAUGCCAUUAAAAGAGAGUCCAAUAAUGGCACUAGUAUACCUACAAGACUCUAUAGAAAUGCCCUUUUUUUCAAGACUUGAGGAAAUACGUAAUAUUGCAAGAAUUAAUUUUGCAAUUCUUAAUAUAUUCGAAUUUUGUAUGGACGCAGAUGAAGUGGCUAAAAAAAUGGUUAAAGAAGUUCAAAAAUCUGUAAGGGAAAAUUACCAAUAUGUAAGCAAAGCUAAAUUACGCUUAGAAGUCUUGGAGGAUUUCUUGAGGAUUAUUAGUGGUGAAGAUCUAUCUGAUCCAUCUUUUUUCAUCACAUUUCCCGUUGCAACAACGCAACCGGUUUACUUUGAACAUUUGGCUGAAAAAGAAGCUAAAAUUAGCAUGUUAAAUAGUUUACGUCAUUGGCAAUCUGCUCAAAAAAAUUACAAUAUUGUGCGUGAACUAGACCCUGAUAAUCCGAUUUAUUCCCUUGGAUAUGCAAAAUGCUUAUUAAAAUUAUCUAAAUAUACUCAAGUUAUCAAGCUUUCUGAUACAUGUUCAGCCUUAAAUUCAUUAUCAGAAUACUGGUAUUUUCGUAGUGUAGCUUAUUUUAAGCAAAACAAGUAUAUAGACGCUAUGUCAUGCAAUUCUGAGGCACUAAAUUUGGAUCCUGGAAAUAAUUCAGCUGGUAAACAUAGAGAACUUAUCAAAAAAUUAAAUGUAAAUAAUAUAAUUGAACAACACAAUGAUCGCUAUAAAAGAGUGUUAAUAUAUGAAAUAGAUUAUUUGAAGCAUGCCCACAAUAAUGAGCGUCCUAUCUACCAUAUUUUAUCAAUUGAUGGAGGAGGAAUACGCGGGGUAUUGCCUGCAUUAUGGCUUAGCGAGAUAGAAUAUCGUACUCGUAGACCCAUUUCUCACCUAUUUAAUAUGAUAGCUGGAACAUCGACUGGUGGAGUCAUUGCUGCUGGAUUAUCGGCACCACAUUUCAAACCUAUCUACAAGACAAAUGAUCAUAUUGAAUAUGAAUAUUCAAAUUUAAUUCCACUAUUUUCAGCAUCGGAAUUAUUGAACCUUUAUAAGAACGAAUCCAAAAAUUUGUUCACUACGUCAGCAUCAUUGUUCAAUAUACCUAUAUUGUCCAAAAUAUACAAUAAGUAUACAGAUGAGGGUCGUUAUACUAUGUUUGAAAAGUUUUUUGGUAAAACAAGGUUAAGACAUUCUCUUACUGAAUUGGUUAUUCCUACUGCAAAUGAAGACUACUCGCAUUUAUUUACUCGCUAUGAUGCAAAAAAUAUCGAGACAAAUGAUACAUUCGUUGACAUAUUAAUGGCAGCAACAACCGCACCUACGUUUUUUCCGCCUUAUAAAAUCGGUAAUAAAACUUUUAUAGAUGGUGGAAUACAUCUUAAUAACCCAGCGUCAACUGCUUAUAAUGAGGCUAUUCGAUAUAAUGUGCCAGAGAAAAAUAUUUCAGUGCUUUCUCUGGGUACUGGAUGUUAUUUACCAGAUUCUUCAGAUCCUGAUCAAUAUAAUUUACUUUUUUGGGCACAAAAUCUUCCUCGAUUGAUGAUAUCUACACAAGAAAGUGAUACGGAUCGUGAGCCUAUAAAAUUAGAUGACCAUGAAAGUAUUCCUUAUCUUUUAGAAUUAGGCUAUCAAUAUAUAGAAGAGCUUGAUUGUUCUGAUGACAAUCCUAUAAAUAAGUUG